AUGGCUUCAAUGAACAUCGAAAAUAAAAAUGAAGAACAUAUUACAACAUCAAUUGAAGAAAAAAUUUCAAUACCAGAAUCUAUUUCAACUCAUGAACAUUCUGAAACAUGUAAUGAUCCAACACAUCAACAUAAUCAUCCAUCAUCUAUGAAUUUGAAUGAUUUAAUUUCAUCAUUAUCUCCUGUAAAAACUGAAAGAUCAGUAAAAAAAAAAUCUAAGAAAAAUGGAAAACAUACUUCUAUACGUGCUGAAUCAAUUCCCGGUCAUCGUGGUAAUGAAAAUAUUGAUGAUCUUGUCAAUUUUAUUAAUGGUUUAUCACCAAUAAACAAUAAAAAAAAAACCGACAAUAACAAGAACUAG